CACUCAAUUGUGACGAUUGCGACUGGCGAGUGGAGAAGCUCGAUCACCCGACCAAAGACAACCUUGGCGUGCGGAUCCAAUGCAACAACCCAGCCUCCCUUCUGGAUCGCGUCACCACUCUGCGCUGUCAAGUUUCGCAGACAAGGUUGAGUCUUGGUAUCUUGAUGCAUGCGUCGUCGUCCAUUUUCGGAGUGGAAUCCUCUUUGGCAUAGCCGAAAUGGAUCCUGGGCUAACAUCUUUUGGCUUGGUCCAACCCAGGAACUGCUGGAAUGUAGCGUCAUCCUGAAGGACCCGACAAACAGCAUCUCCAGCAUUAAUCCAAUGAUCCCGGUCAGCGUUGUACCAGAGGCCCCCGCACAGUGCUUGACGGUUGCUGUAAACCGAGCACAGUCGAAACACGGCAUUGUAGGACUCCUGGAUCUCUGUCGCGCUUCUGAUGGGGGGCCCAAAGCGUCGAAUGUCGUCUGCUAUCAUCGAAUGCAUCAAGAAUGUUCGCAACAGCAACUUCAAUUUCGGCCAGGUCCCCAGCUGCUUUCAUGAGGGAAAACUCCUCGGGUGUUGCGAUGCCGUGGACGUGGAAAGCAAGGGUUUGCAUCAAAGUCUUGAAAUGUUUCCCGAUAAGAUUGUUCUUUCUGUGGACUGGAGUCGAAUCGCAAAUGUAUUUCAUGAUUCCGAGAAGGACUGUAUGCAGCAGCUCGAUGGGUGUAUCCUGCGAUGGAUCAAGGCCAAGAAGAUCAAGCAAUGGCAAUAUCUUCCACCCCUGGCCGGGGAACGUUUGAUUUCAUUAACUUGAACUUGUCAAGCAGUACACCAAUCCAGUGUUGUGUAAUCUUGUCUUUCGUCCCCGUUGUUCUCUGAAGCUCUUCAAUUCGUUUCGAGUCCCCACGAGUUGCAAGCUCAAGCUGUCUUCUAAGGCAAAGUUCAUCAGAUUCCUUCUCGAUCUUUGUCCCGCCCCAAUGGCACUUUCGACAUGGAAAGUUCGCGUUACUUCCCAUAUGAGAAGACUCUUCGGACUGCUGUGGGUUGUCCGCAGGCAACGAUGGAACUCGAAGGAUGACACGGGCUUUUCGUUUAGUCGCUGCAUUGAAGCAUCGGAUGGGAUCAGUCUCGGUGGCCUUCACUUGGUCUCGAAAUGCGGAGAAUUGCUCAGGUGAAGUAGCAUGCGGUGAACUCGAGAGGAAAUGCAUGUGGAAUUCCUGCUGGAGGAGACGACCAGGGAGGCAACCGUUGCCUGUAUACAUAUUCAUGUGUUUAUUGUAUUGUUUCGAUCGGUUACCGGAGACAUCGUCGGCCCAGG